CUGUAGUACCAUACCUACAUCCUUAUUUCUCAUCGUUUUCCCAAACACAAAAUAUAUAUAUAAUUAGUUUUAAUUAAUGUCGCUCUAUUGCACAUAGGCAUCCCUAUUCAGAGCCUAUAACUUGCAAUAUAACCCAAAUUCAUCAAAUUUUCCCUAAUCAUUCUUCUGCACACACCCACCCAACUGUUGCAGUUAAAAACACCAGAACCCAUCGCACUCUUUCUAUUCACAUUUCACAGUCUGUAUUUUGUAUUGAUGUGAGGUUAAAUGGAUACCUUGUUUCGGCUUGUCAGUUUUCAGUCUCAACCAGCAACUGAUCCUCAAUCUCUCAACAACUCCUCUAGCAGAACUUCUAGCAGCUCUAGAUCCUCCAGACAAAACAACAACAGCAACUUCCACCAUCAUCAUCACUACCAGCAGCAAGAAGACGAAGAAUGCUUCAACUUUUUCAUGGAUGAAGAAGACUUGUCCUCGUCUUCUUCUAGGCACUACUAUCCUUAUCAUCUCCACCCUUCUUCCACCCCCACCACUGCUACUCCUACUUUCACCACCACCACCACCACUCCCACCACUUCUGAUUUCUCCUUCUCCCUCUCCCCCACCGCUCCGGACUUCCACAACUUUGAAUUCUCCGGCCGAUGGGCUCACGACAUCCUCCUCGAGACGGCCCGUGCCGUUGCCGACAAGAACACUGCGCGUGUCCAGCAGUUGAUUUGGAUGCUCAACGAGCUCGCCAGUCCCUAUGGUGACACCGAUCAGAAGCUCGCAGCUUACUUUCUUCAGGCUCUCUUCAGUCGUGUCACCGAAUCGGGGGACCGUACCCACCGUACUUUGGCCUCCGCGUCGGAGAAAACAUGCUCUUUUGAGUCAACCAGGAAGAUGGUCUUGAAGUUCCAAGAGGUCAGCCCUUGGACUACUUUCGGUCACGUCGCUUCCAAUGGCGCCAUCUUGGAGGCGUUAGAUGGUGAGCCCAAGUUGCACAUAGUUGAUAUUAGCGAUACAUAUUGCACCCAGUGGCCUACUCUUCUUGAAGCCUUGGCCACUCGCAGCGAUGAAACCCCGCACCUCCGGUUGACCACUGUGGUUAGCCGCAGAGCCGGUGGCUCUAUCGCGGCGGUUCAAAAAGUCAUGAAGGAGAUAGGUACUAGGAUGGAGAAAUUCGCUCGGCUCAUGGGUGUGCCUUUUAAAUUCAACGUCAUUCAUCACGCGGGUGAUCUCUCAGAUUUUAAUUUCUCGGAAUUAGAUAUCAAAGAUGACGAGGCUCUCGCCAUUAACUGUGUGAACUCGUUGCAUUCCAUCACGGCCUUUGGUAAUAACCGAGACAUGUUGAUAUCCUCGUUUCAGAGAUUACAACCUAGGAUAGUCACCGUGGUGGAAGAGGAAGCUGAUCUUGAUGUUGGAUUUCACGGGUUUGAAUUUGUACGAGGUUUCCAAGAAUGCCUGAGGUGGUUUAGGGUUUACUUCGAGGCACUGGAGGAGAGCUUCCCCCGAGCAAGCAACGAGCGUUUGAUGCUCGAGCGAGCGGCAGGACGAGCCAUCGUUGACCUGGUGGCUUGUGAUCCAUCGCAGUCUGUAGAACGGCGGGAGACAGCGGUUAGAUGGUCGCAGCGGCUGCAUGGCAGUGGGUUCAACGCACUGCCGUUCAGUGAUGAGGUUUCCGACGACGUGAGAGCGCUGUUGAGGAGGUACAAGGAGGGGUGGGCAAUAACACAUUGCUCCGACGCCGGAAUAUUCUUGGCGUGGAAGGAACAGCCGGUGGUGUGGGCCAGUGCAUGGAGGCCUUGACGUAGUGGAUGAUGAGGAUGCUGCGACGGAGUGAUUCGCACGUGUUUUCGGUUUUUUUGGCACGUGCAUGAUGGGACGAGAUUGCUGUGGCCGUGGGUGUUUUUAUUUUUUUUUUAAUUUUCUUUAUUUGAUCAGUUUGGCAAGACAAUACGAUUGGAGGUUGAGAUGGUUGGGAGGGGGAGUUUGAAUUUUCAAUUAUUCUUGAUAACAUUUUGUGAUUAAUUUUUCAUAUUACGAAGAAAUAGGUUAUGACUUUGAAUAUAUAUAUUAUAUAUAUGUAUGAAGUAAUCAAUGGCACAAUUGUCCGACUAUUUUAUUUUUGAGCGGAUGAUGAACUUAUUCCCUUAAAUUAAUGUCAUGUUGCCUUCAAGAGAUGCAUUUUAAGAAAACAGAGAGAUGUG